AUGCCAUCCACGUCCACAUCAUCCAUUGUUAUGUUUUCCUAUGAAUGGGUCAUGUCCGAUCCAACUGCACUUGCAUUGUUUGAGAAUUAUUUGAGAGAACAUCAAAAUAUCGAGUCGUUGCAAUGUGUGUUGCAAUUAAGGACUUUACAAAGUGACAUUCAGAAAUUGCUAAAAAGAAUUCGAAGAGGUCAAGUGAAAUUGCAUGAUUUUGUGGAUGAUUCUACCUCCUAUUCGUUUCUUAACUUUCAUGGUACUAAGGAACAACAACACGCAAGUCCUGAUUCUAAAAAGAAACAUUCCAACAUCAAAUUGCUUUUUCAAAGCACGACUUCUGAUGAAGAAUCAACUUUUACAGGGUCACGUGAUUCAUUCAAUGGAGUUUCUCGAAAACCAUGCAUUGGAAUGUUGAAGAUUAUAUUGACACAAGCACAGGACCUCUCACUAACUUUUUUAAGUGUCAAUUCACCCAAAGAAUUGAACUUGCCACAACAAGAACGAUACAAAAUUUGCAAAGCCGUUACGAGUUUUUGGAGACGAUUCGCCAAACGAUGUGGACUCGAUGAGAAUGCUCUUAAUGUGUUGAACUCAGGUUUUCCAAUACCACACUCUCCUCCUUUACAUGGAAAAGGAGUUUCACCUCGACCCCUAUCUACAUGCUCCACGAACAGUUCAACGAGUGAAGAAAGUAUGAGCUUUGCAGGCCAAAUGGAAGAGCCCAUAGAGGAGUUUCCAAACCAUUUACAAUCUUUUGAAGAGGAAUUACAAACCCUCGAGUCCUUUCUUCAUGUUCAAAUCAAAAGUGAAAGUUUUAGAGAUUUUUCUCAGUCCGAACAAUUAUUUACAGUGGUUCAACAAAUCAAACCCACAAAGGAGCAAUUGAAAGAAUUGAAGAGAAAUUAUCGGCAAAGCAUUUCAGCAAGUCGAAUUCAAGAAUAUAUCGAAGAUUUAGUCGUGAAAGAAGAUGGGAAGCCAUGCACUCUACGAGAGGUUAACAAAUUGCUGAGCUGGACUGUUGAAGAUGUUGUGCACUGGUUGCAACAAUCAUGUCUCAAUGAAUUAGAACCAUUAAUAAGAAGAAAGAACAUAGAUGGAGAAAAGCUUGUUCGACUCGAAGAUGAUUUGUCCCUGAUCAAUAUUCAAGAUUUGGAAUUAAGAAAACGCUUUGAAUAUGAAGUGGAUGAGCUAUUGGUGAGUCAUGGAUUUGAUCCAUUGCCUGAAACGGAUUAUCUUGAAAUUGUAUCUAGAAGAAAAAGUGUUGAGUGUGAACAUGUCCAAAAGAAUUAUAUAGAUCUUUCCACGGACACAUUCCUCAUCAAAUGUGUCUUGAAGAACACGGACAAAUGCAAAGAGUUACAAUUUCAUUACAACCAAUUAGUCAACUACUUUUCAAUGAUUAGAGCUAUCAAGGAAUCGUUUCAAAUAAGUGGUGAGCAACAUGUUGACAUUUCAUUUGAGAGUGCUGAGAACAGCGUCAAUCUUUCGCCGAGUAACAUCUUGAACGUAUUCAAAAAGGAUUUACUGGCUUCAGUUAGAGAUCUUGUUUCUCAUCAAAGUUCUAUAUCGAAUGACGUAAAUCAGUUUCAGCCAUCUCCAAGAAAUCUACGUGAAAAAAAGAUUGUCAUAAAUGUUCCUUGA